GCGAACGGAGACAUUUAUCACAUUUUGCAAUAUCCCCUAUGAACCGAGUUUUCUCCAACAAUUUCGAGUGGAAAUCUCACUAUACGUCAGUAUCCAUGGCUUCCAUUCGAUCCCGCUUGGAGCACUGUUUCACUGCCGACGCUCUCAGAGCCUAUCUCGCAGAGUUCAUCUCCACCAUGUUCUUCGUCUUCGCUGCCGUCGGCUCUAGCAUGUCGUCCAGGAAAAUGUCGCCGGAGGCGGCGUCUGAUCCGUCUAGCUUGGUGGGGAUUGCAGUUGCUAAUGCUUUUGCGUUGACUGUGGCGGUGUACAUUUCCAUUGGUGUCUCCGGCGGCCACGUCAACCCGGCGGUUACUUUUGCAAGGGCAGUUGGCCGCCACAUCAGCCUUUCCAUGGCCAUAUUUUACUGGAUAUCGCAACUGUUGGGAUCUGUUAUGGCUUGCGUCCUCCUAAAAGUAUUUACUGUUCAACAGCAUGUACCAGUUUUGGGGAUUCCGCAAGAAAUGACAGGCUUUGAUGCGGCCAUAUUGGAGGGCAUGAUGACAUUUGUUCUGGUGUACACAGUUUAUGCGGCGACGGACCCUAGAAAGGGGGCACUGUGUGCCAUGGGACCCUUGGCAAUCGGAAUGAUCGCCGGCGGCAACGUCCUUGCAUCAGGAGCCUUCACCGGCGGAUCCAUGAACCCGGCGUACGCGUUUGGGUCUGCAUUGAUAGGAGGAAAUUUCGGGAACCAAGCAGCGUACUGGGUCGGUCCCUUAAUCGGCGGAACCAUUGCCGGAGUUUUGUACGACAAGGUGGUUUUCCCAUCGGAAUCCGAUGAUUCAACCAGACCCGGUUUGAGUGAGGUUGGGGUUGUCUAAAUGCAGGAUUCAUGUCUGUCUUAAUUCUUCUUGUUUUAACUUGUAAUCCAUUAAACACGGAGCAGUAGAUAUUAUAUACUCCGUAUGUUUUAUAUGUUACUAUCAUGUGAAUGAAGUGUGUUCAUUAAUGUU